AUCGGUGUCAUUUGCAGUUUCAUCUUUUUAAGAUCCAAUGAAAGCAAAGCGUACCCACUUGUUGUGGAAGAUGAGGUUAUUGACGUUUACUGUCACAUGACCAUGGCUUCGACUUCAAAUGGAGAAUGCGGUGAUGGUGGUUGGACGCUGAUCAUGAAGAUUGAUGGCAAUCAGGUAGCUGACUUGCAUUAUCUAUGGUUGACUUCAGUUUUCAGUUUUUGAUUUUAAAUGUCUCUCAAUUUCCAUUUUUAUGUAAAAUAACCGUCAGUACCUUAGUCAUCUAUAAAAACAAGCUAAUAGCAGAAACCCACUUAUUAUCUUUGUAAUAAUCUUAGUAGUGUACUUGUAAGCUUCUGAUUGAUAUUCCGUAUAAAUUCCAGUUAAUCUAAUCAUUGUUUUAAACGUAACUUUUCUUCCGUUAUUUACCUAAUUAUUUUUUUUUUUUACAAUUUAUAUACCGGUAAGUUUAAAAUACUUCUGUUGACUUGUUACUUUAAUAAUACCAUUUGGAGUGUGUAUUUGUUUUAUGUAGACGCUACCCACCUAGACUAGCAUUAACAUCUGAAUUAACCAAUAAAAAUGAAAAGUGAAAUGAAAAAAUGAAAAGAAUUUCUUGUCAGAGUGCUAUAAUGAGUGUUAAAUUUCCGACUAAUAAAUGGCCGCUCAUAAUAGCAUUCCUAUCAUGUUAAAGUAACUUACCACUAUAGGAAGCAUCCCACCAGAUAUGUGAACCUUUGAUCAGUAAUGUUUUUUAGCCGGCCUCUAUAACCAUUCUCCUAUUUAUGUAUGUAAAAGUGAUGGUUUUUGUUAUAAUUUAUAACAAAAUGUUCUUCCCAAAGCAAACGUUCCACUACACCUCUGCAUACUGGCAAGAUAAAAACACCUUCAAUGUUGAUGGAGGCAAGACUGGAUUCGACUCACAGGAGACAAAACUUCCCUCCUACUGGAACACAUCCUUCUCAAAGAUCUGCCUCGGAAUGAAGAUCAACAGCCAGAUCAGUUUUAUCGAAAUCACUAAGAGCGCCAGUUCCCUGUAUUCACUGAUGGCUGAUGGGCAAUACCGCAGCACCUCACUGGGUCGUGACAAGUGGAAGUCCGUAGUUGGUCCCGAUGCUUCCUUACAGGUCAACUGUAACAUGGAAGGUUUUAAUGCAGCGUGUACCCGGACAGGACGAUCUAAAGCAAGAAUCGGUAUAGUAGGUAAUGAUGAAAACGAUUGCUGGUCCUGUAACUCCAGGAUCGGCUUUGGCACUGGAGGAGAACACGACGACUCUAACACAUGUGGAAACGACGCUAUGUACAGCAGUUUGGAUAAUGGUGACCAGNAUUAACAUCUGAAUUAACCAAUAAAAAUGAAAAGUGAAAUGAAAAAAUGAAAAGAAUUUCUUGUCAGAGUGCUAUAAUGAGUGUUAAAUUUCCGACUAAUAAAUGGCCGCUCAUAAUAGCAUUCCUAUCAUGUUAAAGUAACUUACCACUAUAGGAAGCAUCCCACCAGAUAUGUGAACCUUUGAUCAGUAAUGUUUUUUAGCCGGCCUCUAUAACCAUUCUCCUAUUUAUGUAUGUAAAAGUGAUGGUUUUUGUUAUAAUUUAUAACAAAAUGUUCUUCCCAAAGCAAACGUUCCACUACACCUCUGCAUACUGGCAAGAUAAAAACACCUUCAAUGUUGAUGGAGGCAAGACUGGAUUCGACUCACAGGAGACAAAACUUCCCUCCUACUGGAACACAUCCUUCUCAAAGAUCUGCCUCGGAAUGAAGAUCAACAGCCAGAUCAGUUUUAUCGAAAUCACUAAGAGCGCCAGUUCCCUGUAUUCACUGAUGGCUGAUGGGCAAUACCGCAGCACCUCACUGGGUCGUGACAAGUGGAAGUCCGUAGUUGGUCCCGAUGCUUCCUUACAGGUCAACUGUAACAUGGAAGGUUUUAAUGCAGCGUGUACCCGGACAGGACGAUCUAAAGCAAGAAUCGGUAUAGUAGGUAAUGAUGAAAACGAUUGCUGGUCCUGUAACUCCAGGAUCGGCUUUGGCACUGGAGGAGAACACGACGACUCUAACACAUGUGGAAACGACGCUAUGUACAGCAGUUUGGAUAAUGGUGACCAGCAUAUCAAGGCUAUGGGAUACAUUUUGGUUCAAUGA